UCAGGCUUGAAACUUUGGAUAAUUUUUAGGGAGAUGUUGCAUACUCAGAAAAGUAAUUCUCAACUAUUUUCUUCCCUUUUUAUAUGUCUUUUGCUGCAGUUCCCAGGCUCUGGGCACAGAACUGAGGAGCUGCACUGCUUCCACCAGAUCAACCCAAUUGUUUCCCAAGAUGGGGAUCUGGUCAUUGGGGUUUUUUUAUCUUUGUUUUCAGUUGAAGUAAACAAGGUAACAGGAGAACUGUUUGAAAGUCCUCCUAACAAAGCUUGUAAUCCUUAUCAGUGGCUGCACAAAAAUUAUCAACAAGGCCUGGCUGUUGUUUUUGCUGUGGAGGAGAUUAACAGGGAUACCAAUCUGUUGCCCAACAUUUCCUUAGGAUUCUAUCUCUACAACACCUACCACAGCGAUGAGAGGACCUUGGAUAGCUCCCUUUGGUGGCUCUCUGGGCAGGGCCAGGUCAUUCCAAACUACAUCUGCAGGAAGCAGGAUAAAUCUAUAGCUGUCAUUGGAGGAGUCACAUCAGCUCUCUCUGUUCAGAUGGGAACCCUGCUUGACCUCUAUAAGUUUCCACAGAUCAGCUAUGGUCCAUUUGAUUCCAUUCUUAAUGACAAAGUCCAGUUUCCUUCCCUCUAUCAAAUGGCACCCAAAGACUCUUCUCUUCACCAAGGUGUUGUCCGAUUAAUGGUAUAUUUUGAAUGGAACUGGAUAGGUCUGAUUGCCUCAGAUGAUAUGAAAGGUGAGGAAUUCCUCUGGGAAAUGAGAGAGGAAAUGAUAAAGAAUAGUGUUUGUGUGUCCUUCACAGAGAAGAUUCCUGUCAGUGAGAGAAGACAUAUGGAAUCACAAAAGACUUUCAUGCCCAGGAUCUUAGCAUCAUCAACCAAAGUGAUUGUCAUCCAUGGAGACACAGAUUCAUUGAUGAUUUUGAGAUACUCACAAAUUCCUUUAUUACCAAUACAAAAGGUGUGGAUUGCCACAUCUCACUGGGACAUUACUAUGAGAUCUCUCUAUGCUGAAGGUAAUUCUUUCCAUGCAGCUCUCACAUUUUCAUACUUGACUAGUGAAAUCCCUGGGUUCAAGACUUUUAUGAAAACAAUUACACCUUCUAAAUAUCCAAAUGAUAUUCUACUUAGAGAAUUCUGGCUCUCCGCUUUUAAGUGUCUAGAUCAACCAGAAAAUCAGGAGCAAGAGACAUGUUCACCAAAUGCUUCCUUGGAGAGUUUGAAUCUGUGUUCUUUUGAAAUGACUAUGUCUGGCUUGAGUUACACUAUCUAUAAUGCUGUCUAUGCUGUGGCUUGGGCUCUUCAUCAGUUGUUCAUGAAAAAACCAGAGAAAAGAUCAAUGGGAGAUGAAGAGUAUCUAGUCAUGUAUACUUAUUGUCUGCACUCCUACUUGAAGAACACCCAAUUUAAGAACAGUGCUGGUGAUGAGGUGUUUGUGGAUGAAAAUAAACACUCUGAGGCUCAAUAUGCCAUUAUGAAUUAUGUGUUCUUUCCUAAUGGGACUGAUGCUUUGGUAAAAGUGGGGCAGUUUGUCCCUGAAGCUCCACUUGGUCAAGAUUUCAUGAUUCAUGAGGAUGCUAUAGAGUGGAGUUGGUGGGAUUCAAAGGUUCCUUGUGGAGUAUGCAGUGACAGCUGUGAUCCUGGAUUCAGGAAAUCCCCUUUGGAGGGGGAGCCUGCCUGCUGCUUUGACUGCUCCCCACGCCCAGAGGGAGAGACCUCCAGUCAAAUGAAUGCAGAGCAGUGUAUGAAAUGCCCAGAUGAUGAAUAUCCAAAUAAGCAGAGAGAUCUCUGCCUUCCCAAGCUUGUAACCUUCCUAAAUGUCAAAGAACCUUUGGGAAUGGUUUUGAUCUUAAUGGCUGUUUCUUUUUCAUUACUGACAGUUCUGGUUCUGUGGGUCUUUGUCAAGUUCCAAGAAACUCCCAUAGUCAAAGCCAAUAACCGCAAUCUCAGUUAUACUCUCCUUAUCUCUCUUACCUUCUGUUUCCUCUCUGCCUUGCUCUUCAUAGGCCGUCCUACCACUGCCACCUGUCUCCUCCAACAAACAGUAUUUGCUGUUGUGUUCACAGUGGCUAUUUCCUCUAUUUUGGCCAAAACCAUCCUAGUGGUUUUGGCUUUCAGGGUUAUAAGACCAGGGAGCAGAAUUCGGAUGUUCAUGCAUCCUAGAGUUUCCAAAUAUGUUGUUCUCAUCUGUUCAGGGAUUCAAGUAAUUUUCUGUGGCAUCUGGUUGGGAACCUAUCCUCCCUUUCCAGAAGCAGACACACACUCCAAACCCAGCCACAUUAUCCUUACAUGUAACGAGGGCUCCACCUUUGCAUUUUAUUGUGUCCUGGGCUACAUGGGCUUUCUGGCCCUGGGAAGCUUCACCAUAGCCUUCCUGGCCAGGAAUCUGCCCGAUGUCUUCAACGAAGCCAAGUUCAUCACAUUCAGGAUGCUGGUGUUUUACAGCGUCUGGGCCACUUUUCUUCCCACUUAUCAGAGCACCAAAGGGAAGGCCAUGGUGAUUGUGGAGAUCUUCUCCAUCUUGGCCUCUAGUUCUGGGCUAUUGGGCUGCAUUUUUAUUCCCAAAUGUUAUGUGAUCCUCUUCAAGUCAAACAGAAAUACCCAGAAACAUAACAAGAAUAAACAGGAUUCCAGAGGCAAGACUUUAUCAGGAGCAUACCCUAACACUUCUAGUUCUGGGAAUAAUAGUUCUGAAAAAUAA